UUUGUGACUGUAGUGGAAAAGAAGACCGAUAGUUUUUUAUAGCCUUGUUUGAGUUUCUGUGGGGGAAAGACAUGUUUUGCGGAGGAAAAGUAAAGUGUGAGUCCGGACCGCACAGUCGUCAGAACCGACAGCCAAGGGAUGUUACCGAGAGUUGUGCCAGCCUCCUCAUCAGCAAAAUAGGACCAUAAAUCUUUCUGUGGCGAGGGGAAAAGCUCUGUUUGGCCUGCUGUACAGAGGACAGGGGGACAGCGCAGAAGAAAAAGCAGAGAAAGACAUAAAAGGAGUGCCUUAGAAGUGAAGGAAGAGGAGCGCCACAAAAUCUGCACUUUGUGAACAGCGACGAAGACAUGAGACCAUUAAAGAAGCACAGAGGUCGUUCUCCCCCGUUAACGAGAGGCAGAGGGGGGAGAAGGAGAGGGGGCUCGCAGCCGCUCCCAGAGAAAGACCCCAAAAGAGUUAAGAGGGAGACACUUGUCAAAACCACGCAGCAUACACCCAACCCUCCCUCCACACGCAAACAGACUCCGCCCACAGCCGCCAACUCUAACAAGGAACCACUCACAAACAGCAAUACCCCCACGAGGGAGGAGUCUACUGAGCUGAGGAAACCUGUGGAGUCAGUCGAGAAAGAAGGGAAGAAGGCAGAGGAAAAGACAGAAAAGGAGAAGACAGUGGACACAAAUGGAAAUAGUGCUGUGGCCAGUGAUACUGUAGCAUUUCCUACCUCUGCCCCAGCGCCACUUUCCACAGCCACACCCUCUCCGGCCACCAAUCACAGCCCCAGUUUAGGCUCUGUCUCUAGUAGGAAAACAGCCACAUUUAAGGCUCGUGUACCCAAGAAAAAAUACACAUAUGAGCACUUUGCUAACAAUGCAAGUGCCCUGACUACCAUUCCUACCUCCAGCCCUGCACUCAUACACAACAGUUACUGCAAUACUAACAGAAAAACCAGUGAUAGUGUGAAUACUCCCAAUAAUAAUUUCAAGAGUGGCAACAAUAUUAGUAAUAUCAUUAAUAAAAGCAUUAAUGUCAGCAUCAGUAGUAGUACUAACACUAAAAGUGAUAUUAACAACAUUAUUAACAGUAGUAACAGUAGUGCUGGGAGCCAUAAUACUUUUAUCAAUAGCAGUAAUAGUAGAAGUAAUAAUUGCUCAGGUAAUCAGCCAUUAGUGCUAACUGUGGAUAGUAAAGCUACAGAAGCAAACCAUUUUGUUUCCACGGAGGAUAAAGCCCUCAGGACAGCAGAAUCCCUGGAGAAAGAUUUCCAAGCUGGGGAAAAUGAGUCAGAGGGGGCUCCUAACUCAGUGCGCUCCUCGUCCACUGAUACAGCCAGUGAGCACUCAGCUGACCUGGACGUGAUGGAAGCAACAGGACCAAGCCUUCAUCAAAAGAACUCUCACUACCCAUCUCCACUCCAUAACUCGCACCAUAAAGAGGCCAGUCUUUCGGAGGGGGUAGCUGAACCUCUGGCCAAAGGCAUGAAAAACCAGAGAGUUCUUGCUCGCCAGAUGAGGAGGACCCUGGAGAGUGGUGUUGGGGCUGCAGGGGACAGAAGGGUUAAGGAGACUAACUCAUGCCCUUUAUCACCUGUGUUCAGACCAGGGGUGGUGCGUAGGGUGGGUGGAAGUACUGUUGAAGUCCAGCUCCAAGGACAGGAGACCCUUGUUAAAUACCCUUUUCAUGGUGGGACUGUGAUGACAUCGUCAUCAGGGAGCACGGUGGAGUUAAUUUUAGAUGCCCCCCCACCUGGCAUGGCACCUGUGGCUGUCAGGACGCGAGUGUGCGUGCCCUUUGGUGGAGAGGAAGGGGGUCCUCUGCUGUACAGAGAAGGGAUUGUCACUCAGGUGGACCCCCACCCCGGUGUGUCAUUUCCUUACCAGGUGCUCCUGAGCGAAGACAGAGAGACUCAGGACAAUGGAGAGGUGGGGGAAGAGAAAGAGAAAAGGAAGGCUAAUGCUCAGGCUGUGUGGGUGUCCCGACAAAGCCUGAGGCUCCUCACACCUCCCUGGGAGGUUCCACAUUUGGAUGGUGGGAGGGCUAAGGAGAGGGAGCGGGAGAGGGAAAGGGAAGAGAGGGAGCGAAGGGAGGAGAUGGAGGUAGAAAGGGAGGUGUGCCAGUUGAGUAUUGGGAUGGGGAUGUUGGGACCAGGAGCAAGGUUGGGCCAUGGUUUUUCACAUGAAGGGGUUGCAGGAGGGCAUCCCUAUGGAAACACACAUCCGGCACCCCAUUCCUCCACUGUGACCUCUAGUGUAGCUGGCAGCACAGGUCAUGGCUGCGGAGAUAACUUUUCUGACAGAGACAGACAGAAACAGCCAAACACUCCAGAGGAGGACGCUGAGGUAUCUUGUUUUAACAUGGCUCUCACGGUUGGUCACAAGCCAAAUACUGGGUCCUCUCAGCACAGAAACAUCAUCUCCAAGUCCACUUGCUAUCCCCCCUCCUCCCCUCACCUCUCUGUGGUGCGAGGCUUGGGACCCCCGCACCUCUCCACUUUAGCUAGUCCUCAGCCACCCCGUUCCCCUGCCUUGCUGGGGUCUGAAAUGAACACCACUCCAAACCUACCUCCAUCAAAGACCACUCCCACUCAGACCCCUACUCCCACUUCUGGUGGGGGAGCCUCCUCUACCUCCUCUCGCUCCAGGACUCCCCUCUCAUUGGCUCAGCAGAAAUACAAGAAGGGCGAUGUGGUGUGCACCCCUAAUGGUAUCCGUAAGAAGUUCAAUGGUAAGCAGUGGAGGAGGCUGUGCUCCAGGGAGGGCUGUAUGAAAGAGUCACAGCGUCGAGGAUACUGCUCAAGACACUUGUCCAUGAGGACCAAAGAGAUGGAGGCGGCAGGUGGAGAGGGGGGAGGAGGAGGCAGCAGCUCAGGGACAGUCACCCCCUCUGACCUGCGGGGGAGAGCAAGCAGUGAGUUUGAGUGGGACGACACAUCAAGAGAGAGCAGUGAGACCAGUAGCAGAGGAGACUCCAGACCCCGCUUGGUCCUCCCCUCACUCCUCCCCCAUGAUCUGUCGUCACGCUUCGACUUCGAUGAGUGUGAGGCCGCCACCAUGCUUGUGUCAUUAGGGAGCUCCCGCUCUGGUACCCCCUCCUUUUCUCCCAUAUCCAACCAGUCACCCUUCUCCCCUGCCCCCUCUCCCUCGCCCUCCCCACUGUUCGGCUUCAGGCCAGCCAACUUCUCCCCAAUUACAGCUUCCCCAGUCCUGCAACACCGGAGGCACAGGCAACCCAGCGGCACGGGGGGAGGAGGGGCAGGGGGCAGUAAGGUAACAACUCCAGCUGGAGGAGGUGAGAGGGAGAGACACACUUCAGGUAUCCAGCCCUCCUUCCACAGCAACCUGAUGUUUACAGUCCCCAUGAGUCCCAGCAAACGAAAGCCCGACGCGCCUCCUCCACCACCCCUUCCCUCACACCACCACGAUUACACACCCAAGACAGAGCUGGAGCAGGGGGACCUGAACAACUCUUUCAGGGUGCUGUCCCCUCAAACACCAGCUUCACAUUCCCGCACACACACACCCACCUUCUCCCGACCCAGAGGAGUGACCACCCCCUCCUCCAGUACACCACCGUCCUCCACUGCUGUCUCCCCUCCUCCUCUACUGGUGUCUCCAACUCCUCCCUCUCCUCUCACUCCUGAUGGAGGGCCUCGUCGUGUGGUCCCUGUAUCCCAACAGGCCUUGCGGGACUCCCCUGUCAUUGUGAGGAAUCCCGAAGUCCCGCUGGCAAAAUUUACAGAGUGUCCCCUGGGAAGAGGAGGAGGAGGAGGAGGAGGAGGUGGUGGAAACGAGGGAGGGACAGAUAAAACCUCAUCUAAAGACAUUGGCCUAACACCCCUCACCCCUCAGCCCAUUUCAGGCCUCCAGGUUCCUGUCCCUAUUAACGCUGCUGCAGCCACAGUUCCCAAUGGCACCGUCCUCCUGCGGAGCCCGGCCCAAACUCUGGUGCUCGUGUCCCCGACACCCUCCUCCCUGUCCACCACUGACACCCCUGCCACCCCCCUGCAGGCCCUGUCAGUUACCGUCAGCACAACAGUCACAGCUCCCGCUCCAAGUAGCACGGACAGCUCUGCAGACCGAGAGGAGAACAGGGGGGCGGGAUUUGGGGGUGAGGUCCAGCAGCCAGUUCCCUGUCACCCUUCUCCCACCGCUCUACUGCCCUUGAUCCUCCCUGCCGAAAGCCUUCACCCUGUCCCCCGGAAGGACAUCAUCAUGGGACGUCCUGGCACAGUGUGGACCAAUGUAGAGCCCCGGUCAGUCCCAGUCUUCCCCUGGCAUUCAUUGGUCCCUUUCCUGGCACCCACCCAAUCAGAUGCUUCUUCUCAGCCAGGAGAGGGCCAGCACCCGGUCAACCACCCCCAAGCAGCCAGUCUAAAGACAGAGUGUCAGGGGGUGGCAGCGCCGCCACAGGAGCCUGCAGAGCCUCCUCCCAUUGUAGAGAGAGGUCCUCCAUCCCGGCCUCCUCCCUCCUCUGAGGAGCCGCCUCCAGAGAAGGAGAAAGGAGAUGCAGAGAGGCCUGACAGUGAGACAGAGAGUGACGUGGAUGACCCCUUCCUGCCAGGAGUUGUACCAGAGCCACCACUCUCUACAUCACCAGUGAAGAGGCGCACUCAGUCCCUUAGUGCGCUGCCCAAAGAUGGAGAUAAGAGCAGCCCUGGAAAGAGGGAGAAGGACCACAUUCGGAGACCAAUGAAUGCAUUUAUGAUUUUCAGUAAGCGUCAUCGAGCAUUGGUGCACCAGCGGCACCCAAAUCAGGACAACAGGACAGUCAGCAAGAUUCUUGGGGAGUGGUGGUAUGCCCUUGGGCCGAAGGAGAAACAAAAGUAUCAUGAUUUGGCCUUCCAGGUAAAAGAGGCCCACUUUAAGGCCCACCCAGACUGGAAGUGGUGCAACAAAGACAGGAAAAAGUCCAGCUCUGAGGGCCGUGGGGUCCCAGGGGGCAAAGACAUCAGAGAGAGGAGCAUGUCUGAGUCCACAGAGCCCCAUUCUGUGGAGCUGAAGGGGGUUGGUCCAGGUCUUGUGGGCGUGUCUGAAAGGAGUACAGGAGAAGGUCAUGUGGGCCAGCUUACCCGUCCCCGAGCCUUUUCUCAAAGUGCCAUGCACAGCCUGGAGCGGAGUGACAGGGGUAACACACAAGCCCUGGCAGAACUGGCACAGAUGUGUGGGGAUGGUGGCAGUCAGUUUUCCAGUCAUGCCCCACCCCUGUCACAGUCCCAGCGGGGGGUCAGUGAGGACAUGACCAGUGAUGAGGAGCGCAUGGUCAUCUGCGAGGAGGAGGGAGACGAUGAUGUCAUCGAGGACCCUUAUCCCAGCAGUUCCAUAGAUCUUAAGUGUAAGGAGCGAGUGACGGACAGCGAUAGUGAGAACGGUUCUGGUGACGAAAGUGAUCGAAAGAGAGUUUUUGCCCCAGUCAUUUGCUCCUCUGCAUUAUCAUCCUCUGCACACCAUACCCCUCAUGGCAGAAGUGUCUCACUGUCCUCCUACCCCAGCAGCAAGCGCCAUGAUGAGGGGAGAUCAGGAGGGGGAGGGUUUUCAGAUCACAGGAGGAAGGACAGAGGAGAGGGAGAGGGGAAGGACACAUAUAUGGGAGAGGGAGGAGGUGGAGGAGUGCAGGCCUCAUCUCUCUCCCUCCCUUCUGGCCAGUCUGUCAUCUCUACCUCUCCAGCUGGAGGGCAUCCUUCCUCAUCAGUAGGUUCACUUGGGGGGAACCCACUGGUGGGCAUUGGCGCCGUAAGGGUGGCAUCUACAGUGGUGACCAAUGUCAUGCGUCCUGUUAUCAGCACACCGCUCCCCAUCGCCAGUAAACCCAGAGAUGGAGGCACAUCAUCCAGUCCGCACCCGCCGGAGAGGAAGUCCCUGACUCCCCAUCAGCAGCCACAACUUCUGAUUGGUUCAGGAUCAGGAGGCGGGGUCCCAGCAACAGGGGGUGGGUACUACUCUUCAUCAUCACCCAAUCCUGUAGGUGCAAGCGUGGGCCCUGGUGGUGUAGUGACUAAUUUGGUGUUAGGAGGGGCUCUGUCUGCUCAACCUGCUGUACAGCUCAUCACCCCCUCCCACCACCCUCAGCCCUCCCAGCAGCAGGCCCUGCCCUCCUCUGCUGUUUCAGUACCGCAUAGCCAAACCAACGGGCCCCUGCCUCUGUCCCUGCUUCAGCCCCAGUUCCUCCCCGCUUCUUCCAUAUCACCACAUGGGGGUAAGGCCAUCACACAAGUUCAGUACAUCCUGCCCACCCUACCUGCCAACACAAACCCCAAGAGCCCACCUCAGCAGCUCAGCCAGCCAACCAGUAUCUUCAACCUGCCCACAGCUCCACCCACACACAUGUCCCUGGCCAAUGGAAAGCAACAGGGGACAAGUUCACUGACAGGAUAUACGUCCAGCUCAGCAGUGGGAGUGGUCAGCCCGGGAACUAGAGUGCAAACACAGUCUCCAGUGCUCCAGGGCAAAAUGCUUGUUCCCAUGGCAACAGUACGGACAGCGCCAGCCCCUGCCCAGCAGUUUCCCAUCGUGGCUCCACCUCUUCCGGUCCAGAACGGUGCUCAGACGGGAAGCAAGAUCAUCCAGAUAGCUCCCAUGCCUGUGGUCCAGUCCCAGCUGCCUCAGGGUGGAGCUGUCCACCCUGCCAGCCCCUUCCCUGUUACAGUGGGCACAGCUGCUGUGGUGGCUCCAGGAUCAGCCCCCUCUCAGGCUGUACUGCUGCCACCAGCACCAACCAGGAUCACCUAUGUCCAGUCCCCUCCAGGGGUCCCAUCCACUCUGCCUCUGGUCUCCACGACAACAGGCUCCUCAACCACACAGCAAGCCCUGCCAGUGCCUGGUUCUGCAUAUGUCCCAUCACCCCUGGCAACACUUGGGUUCACAGCCAUCGCACCGCCUGGACAAACGCUGGUUCAGCCGCUGAUUGCAGGUCAGCCGCCGCUUCUCGCCACAGCUCAGUCUCCACAGCCCUCCACCUCAGCCCCUGCCUCAGGCUCCGGGGGCCAGAUAGUCACCGCCAUCUACCCUCCUUCACCUAACGUCACCAUGGCAACAGGGGUGGUCUCCAUGACAGCGGUACCCCCCAGCGUGGUCUACUCUGUCUCGAGCCCUUCCAGUGCUUCCCCCCACAUCCUGUCCAAACACACAACAACCCAUGCCACAAUCACGCACCCACAUCCGCAGCCCCAUCCGGACAGACAGGCAGACAGGCACCUGCCCGUGGACAGACCCGCAGAUCGACAAACUGACAGACAGGCUGAGAGGCAGACAGAAAUGCUGACGCAUUCAGACAGACAUCAGGAGAGGCAGACCUCCAGCAGUAGCAGCUCAGUGGCACCUCCCAGUGGCUCAGCUGUGUCCAUAAGGCCCUGCAGUCCUCCACUUCAGAUCCAAACACCUGGCAGUACACCAGGUACACCCAAACUUACCCAGCUUCCCGUCAGGACCCCUCAGAAGGUGAAGGCAACGGUGGCGAACAUCCCUGUGGGCAGCUAUGAAGGAGGAGGUAGAGGAAAAGACAGAGAAAGGGAGAAAGACAGGGAACGGGAGAGAGAGCGGGAGAAGGAGCGAGAAAGGGAAAAGGAGAGGGAGAGGGAAGCUGCAGCCACCAGUCGCUUCUCCUUUGAUCCUGAGCAAGCAGGGCAGACAGGGUCUCCAUCAACACAUCCUGCUGAGGAGCCGCCGUCCUCUGACAGACCCCUGGAGGGCUCCAGUGCAGCGGACUCCUCUGACAUGCGACACAGAGAAAGCACAACCGCCAAAGAGGCUGGAUGGAAGGAGUCCCUCCCCUCCUCUCCUCUCCCCCCUCCAUCAGCCACAGAACCCACCCUACCGCCCCCACAGACUGACAAAGAUGGUCCUACACCCAAAAAAGUCAAGGCCCGCCCACCACCACUCAAGAAGACUUUUGACUCGGUGGACAAGUCUGGCAGGGUGCUGUCGGAGGUGUAUUUCGAGGAGCGUUUUGCCGAGCUGCCAGAGUUUCGGCCAGAGGAGGUUUUGCCUUCACCCACCCUGCAGAGUCUGGCUACUUCACCCCGCGCCAUUCUGGGCAGCUAUCGCCGCAAGAGGAAGAACUCCACAGAUUUGGACUCGGCCACUGACGAGCAAGUCUCUCCUAAGAGAAAGAGUCGGCGGCGCUCAAGUUGCAGCUCUGAACCCAACACGCCUAAAAGUGCCGCCAAGUGUGAGGGAGACAUCUUCACCUUCGACAGAGCAGCCACAGACGGAGAAGAUAUCCUGACAGAUCUGGAGUUUGAUAAGGUGCCGUACUCCUCUCUGCGACGAACACUGGACCAGAGGCGAGCACUGGUCAUGCAGCUGUUCCAGGAGCAGGGCUUCUUUCCAUCAGCUCAGGCCACUGCAGCCUUCCAGACAAGAUACUCUGACAUAUUUCCCACCAAGGUGUGUCUGCAGCUGAAGAUCAGGGAGGUCCGGCAGAAGAUAAUGCAGACGGCUGCCCCCUCUGAUGUCUCUGGUUUAGGCAUCCCUGACUCGGCUAGCUCCCUCCCUGGACCUUCUGGCUCCCAGUCAGGAGAAGGAACUCUGAGAGGAGGUGGGGACCUGCAGGAUGAAGAUGUGGAGCAAGGGACAGAGGGGAGCCCGGAGGAUCCUCGUGAUUCACAGGACUCUUCUAGAUGAGGGACGCUGACAAAUUAGAUUGACCAAUCAGUGACUGACGUCACACCUUUCCACACCCCCCUCACGCUUUCACACACUUUUUUUUUAAAUCCACACUCUUAACUCUCCUCUGGAUAGAUGCUGAUUUCUGUCCAUCCUCAGCAGCCAACCUGUGGGAGUGAGAGAUUUUUGUAUGCAAUUCUUUUUUCCUUGGGUAAUGUGUGACCCUAGUACCAAAAAAAAGGACACAUGAAAAGCCAGUGGCACAAAAACUACCACAAUGCACACACACACACACACACACACACACACACACACACACACACGCACACAUCCUGCAAACUCCUAAUUCCCACACUUGAAUUAGCACUCUGUAUUAACCACCUUGGAGAAAAAGCUCCCACCGAUGCCAGUGAACGAAGGACCAUUGUUGUACAGCUGCACUCAUUUGCCUUGAAGAAGAAAGGGUUCUUGUUUUGGGACGGAGAGACCUGCUUAACCCAUUCUGAGACGGUGUAAGUCAGCAGUUUUAAAACAAGGACAUUAUGUGUUUUGAUAUUUGUUUUUAAUAGCGUUUAGAGGAGUUGAAGCAGAGAGUGUCUGCUUGAGGAACAACCUGUAUUUAGACUUAACUGUUGUAAGCUUGUAUCUUGUUUCUGCUGACAUUAGGGGGCUGGGCCCUCGACAGCCGGAAACGAUUUGAUUCGACAAGAGAACUCGUUACUAUGGACCUGGAAAGAUCUUUUUCUCCGUUUUAUCGCUCGCACGUAGACCUUCAGGGGAGGUCUACUGGGAGUGACUGAAAAAAACAUUGACUGAAACUCAAGUGGACUUCUGGCAGUGCCAUCAUUCCUGCAAUUACCUGUCUGGCCAAGUCCUCCCUUCUUGCGACUGACGCUAGCACAUGCCAGUAGGUAGGAACCGAGCAUUCCUGUGCCUCUCAUUUGCUCGCCAUGAAGGAAGGAGGUGGGUUGGAGUCAAUGGGCACAUCCUGGCUCUUAGUCGUAGAGGUCAGGCUGAUAAGGCCUUAAUCCUCUAUUGCCAAGCAGUUUUAUUAACUUUUUUAAAAUAAUUUGAUUUGUAUUUAACAUUGUCAUAUUCAGUUUGUUGUUGUACUAUUCCUAUGGUUAUUAUUAUUAUAAUUAUUAUUACUACUCAUAUCAUUGCAGUGAACCCCGGUCCUUAGUUUGGACUUUUCCUUCAUUUCUGCCAGCUGUUUCGUUUUUUAUAAUUUUGGAGGCAGGUGAGAGAAGCUGCUCCACACCUGAACAGUUCCUCCAUUGUAGUCUUCCCUUGACUGGCCUCUCACCUCAGCAAGGACCUGCGGUGCAGUUAUUUUUAUUGUUCAUUUUAAAGAGGACAACUCAACUCAACGUGGACCUUUAUAUUCUUUCAGCAGUAAUAAGCUGUAUGUUUUUAGACAGCCCUGUUAUGCCUCUCUGUCCCUCGCUUAGUUUGACUCUAUAGCCUCAACACUUGUACAACUCCUUCCUCCACCUCUUUCCUUCCCUCCUUCCUCCCUUUGUCACUUUAUUGCUCUCUCCAGACCUACUUUUUAGACAGGUGGAGAGAAAACUGGGGGAAGUGGGGGGGAGGGGAAUGAAUCAAAGAGAGCUGGUAGGAUCUAAUACUGGUUGUGUCUUUGUGCAAGACUUGGUUGUGUUGUAAAUAAUUACUGUAGAGUCAGUAGACUCGUUAUAUUAUUGAUAAGGAAAAAUCUGUCAUUGAACAUAAGUUGACUUUUAAGACACCUGAUACCGAAGGUAAAAACACAUGAAAUGGAAAAAAACAAUAAUAAAUAUGGCUAUUAAUGUU